UCAAUUAUGCCUAGAUCAAUGGAUCCACUUGUUCUUGGACGUGUAAUAGGAGAUAUUUUGGAUCCUUUUACAAGUUCUGUGACUCUGAGGAUUGUCUAUAACAACAACACGGAAGCUAUCACCUGUGGUGAACUCAGGCCCUCCCAAAUAGUCAACCAGCCAAGAGUUGAAGUUGGUGGACAUGACUUCAGGACCUUCUAUACUCUGAUCAUGGUCGAUCCUGAUGCACCUAGCCCAGGUGAUCCAAAUCAGAGGGAAUAUUUGCACUGGUUGGUAAGCAAUAUUCCAGGAACUACAGGGCCAAGCUUUGGAGAAGAGAUUGUGUGCUAUGAAAGUCCACGACCAACAGCAGGGAUUCAUCGAAUUGUUUUUGUGUUGUUUCGUCAGUUGGGCAGACAAACUGUACAUGCUCCAGGAUGGCGCCAAAAUUUCAACACAAGAGAUUUUGCUGCGAUUUAUAAUCUUGGAUUACCAGUUGCCGCUAAGUAUUUCAACUGUCAACGAGAAAAUGAUUCGGGUGGAAGUAGAAGGACGAGACAAUAA